GGUACAGUAUGUUAACCUUGUGUGAUCCUAAUGUAGCCUCGUUUUGAGAACGUGUAUUGUCGAACUCUGACGAGCUACAUGUGCAGCACUCUGGUUCCCAUGUGUUCCUCUCUCAGCUGCUUGUAGAGAGGCGUGGCCCUCCAGACAAGAACACAUGGAUAAGCAUAUCUAUGCAGUAGGUUAAUAUACAACCAGUCUUUGCUUGAAGUUCUAGUCAAGCUUUAUUUGAGUCAAAAUCCCUCACUUUAAACGUCUGUAAAUAUUCUUACGUCUGUAAGAUUCUACACCCGAUAAUAAUCCAAUUAUUCUAAAGAUAGAGCAAAACUUGUGAAGUAUAUAAAUGUCUUAACACUGAAGAACUGUUUCGAUGAGAGUUAAUGUGGAGGAAAUGACUAUUGGAUGUGGUGAAUAUGAAUGCACUUUUUCACUUGAAUCUCAAAAGAGUAUUGUUAUGUUUUUGUUUUCUGCAUGUUGGUAUGCUCAGUGUUUGCCCUAGUGUGGGUACAGUCUUUGUUAAAGCAUUGUACUAUUAUAUUAUCUGCUGCACCUUCUCACCUUCUCCAGCUACAACAAGAUAGACAACAACUGCCACUUUGACGCCAUGCUCGUCUCCUUUAUAAACCUUUUCACCUCCAUCCUGGCUACUCUGGUGGUGUUCGCCGUGCUGGGCUUCAAGGCAAACCUUAUGAAUGUGAAGUGUGUCAUAGUGUGAGUUCAAAUCAACUGCCCUAUCGGACGUAGGGUAAGUUGAGUCAAAGGGAUAAGUUGAGCCACCCUUGUUUCUAGGAAACCAUACACAAAAUGAAUCAUGUGGCCAAAUAUUUAGGACGAGGUCAUAAUUUCAUAGAGUAUGAAUGAAGAAACCACAUCGAAAAAGUGGUAGGCAAGUUAGGUCCAAAAAACUGAAAACUGGUUUUCACAAAGUCAAAUGAGUGUAUUGUGUUAUAAGUUAUUGUGUCAUGAUGCUUGUAUCUAAAUCAAAGUAUAUAUUUUUAAGAUUGUUUUAUACAUCAGUUGGGGUCUUUAUAAGCUACCAUAUGAGUUCCUAAACCUAGCAUGAAAGUGCAUCCCUGUAGCUGUGUGGGUUAAUAUAGUCAAAAUGUUUGCCUUGGGGUAAGUUGAGCCAAUGGCCACCAUACCCCAUACAAACGAUGAUUACAUUUGGUCAGUUUUAUGCAUAAAACUGAUAGUAUUUUUGCAAUGUGUCAUGCGUAUGAACUCAAGUGCAUUUUAUUGUUACAGAGAAGACAUCAUCAUAUCCUGUGCAUACAGACAUAUAAAGGGCAAUGGUAUCGCCCCCCCCCCCUUGAGGUUCUUGAGAGAGCAGCCAAGGAAGUGAGAGAAAGGAAGAAGUCCAUUCGAGCAGGAGGCAAGGGAUGAAAAAAUUGACUGAAUGACAUUGAAGAGAAAUGCAGAGAAGAUCAUUGGCUGCCUGAACUCUAACGUGCUGAGUCAUGACCUCAUUCUGCCACACGUGAACUUCUCCCAGCUGUCCACCGUAGACUACACUGAGAUUUACGGUGUCAUCAAGACGUUGAAGGAAGGCAGCUUCGCCAAGCUGGGCCUGGACCCUUGUGUUCUGGAGGAUGAGCUCAACAAGUCAGUGCAGGGUACAGGCUUGGCCUUCAUUGCCUUCACAGAGGCCAUGACUCAUUUCCCGGCCUCUCCCUUCUGGUCCUUCACGUUCUUCUUCAUGCUCAUCAACCUGGGCCUGGGCAGUAUGAUCGGCACCAUGACAGGCAUCACCACGCCCGUCCUCGACACCUACAAGAUCUAGAAGGAGCUCUUCACAGGUCAGCCCUAAAACCAACUAUGGCUCUCCCAUUCUCCUCUAUCAUAGUUUCAUACACAAAUUCAGCACUUUUACCCAAGACAGAGUGGGGAACUAGGUAAGACUCACAAAUUCUGAGAUUAUUAAGGAUGACUCAUUUUUUGUUCUA